CAUUCAGUUCCAAAAGUCAAAAGUGACAAAAACCGGGGAAAGGAAUACAUACCUGUCUCACAUUUAGCCCGCCACAUGGUCGUUCUCAUCUAAUCGCAUUUGGGCCUCCUUCAUCUCUCGGAAUUCCUCUGUAGGAUCCCCCCAUUCCAAUUCCGGACUCGGGCGGCGUACGACAUGUUGAGCCUGUGGCAAGCGGUGGUCGGCGGCCCGUCGGAAUCGAGCGAGGACUACGGCGGGGUCCAGUACUGGUCGAACCCCGAGCGGACCGGGUGGCUGACGAAGCAGGGCGAAUACAUCAAGACGUGGCGGCGCCGGUGGUUCGUCCUGAAGCAGGGGAAGCUAUUCUGGUUCAAGGAGUCCAGCAUCACCCGCGAAUCGCGCCCCCGCGGCGUUAUCCCCGUCGCCACCUGCCUCACCGUGAAGGGCGCGGAGGACGUGGUGAACAGGCAGUUCGCCUUCGAGCUCUCCACCAGCUCCCUCACCAUGUACUUCAUCGCCGAUUCCGAGAAGGAGAAGGAGGAUUGGAUCAAUUCGAUCGGGCGAUCCAUAGUUCAGCAUUCCAGGUCAGUUACUGACAACGAGAUCCUCAAUUACGAUAACCCCAAAUGAUCCAAUUCAACAAUAAUUUCGAUUGUUCCUUUUUUUCUUAAACUCCUCUUCAUAUUUGAUCUUCCUGAUCUUGGAAUUGCUUCUGUCCUUAUUGUUCUCUGUGUAUAAUGUGUGUUGUUGAUGUUGUUUCUCUGUUCUUGUGAGAGUUGUAUGUAUGUGAUUGCAAAAUGUGUGCUAAAAGAUAGUAUAAUUCACAGUUUAAACUCCAAUUAUACUGUAAUGAACUGCCAAUGGGGUAUCGAAACAGAUUUACUUUCAUG